AUGACCGUACAAUCAACCUUAAAGCUUCAAAACCCUUCAAGCUCGAAUUUUGAACCCGACCCAUCAUGCAAAACCACCACAAAAACCAAACCCAACAACAAAAAGCUUCUCCGGGUCAUUUUCACCGACCACAACGCAACCGAUUCAGAAUCCUCCGGCGACGAUGAAACCCCACGAAGAGUGAAGAAGGAAAUCACUAACAUCACCAUGCAAUUUCCUUCUCUCACUGAUUCUCAAGCAACUUCACCUUCUUCUUCAUCUUGCUCCAUUAACCCGACCCAUUUAAAUAAACCCAGAAAACGACCCACAAAAAACUCCGGCGGUUCUAACCGCCGGAGCAUAUUCCGUGGUGUUCGCAAAAGACCUUCGGGUCGGUGGAUAUCAGAGAUCCGUGACCCGUUUCAAAGAAAACGUCUCUGGCUCGGAACUUUCAACACAGAGAAGGAAGCCGCCGCUGUUUACGACGCCGCCGCUGCGAAGAUCUAUGGUCCAAAAGUCGCCGCCGUCAACUUUCCAAACGAUGCCUCCGACAAGAAAAGCGUUAAAGGUUCGCCUGAGAUUUUCUCCGGCGACGGUUUUGCUUCUCCGACAUCCGUUCUACCUUUCUGCGACGGCGAAACGCCGUUUGACGGUUUACGUUACGGAGCUGUGGAUGCGUUUGGCUUUGAUAUUGACGCGCCGUUAAAUUUAACGGAUGUUAACUUUGUUCCGUUCGAGAAAGAAAAAGAAGAGUUUGGUGAGUUUGACUUGGACGAGUUCUUGACAUGGCCAAGUUAA